AUGGGUGCGUUGCCCGCGAGUCGGUUCAUGAUAUCCAGGCCAUUUUGCCACUGCGGAGUUGAUUAUGCCGGACCGGUUUUAAUUCGAGAGGGCAAAAGGCGCAAUGCGCACAAUUUGAAGGCAUACGUAUCAAUAUUCGUUUGCUUUGCCACGAGAGCCGUUCACGUGGCGCUCGUGAGCGACUUAACUUCCAACGCGUUCAUUCCGGCGUUCAAACGGUUCAUUUCGCGCAGAGGGAAACCCUCCCAAAUGUAUUCCGAUAAUGGAACCACUUUCGUAGGCGCUCACGGUCAACUCAAAGAACUGUACAAAUUUUAUUAUAGUCAGGAAACUCAAGUAGACGUGCAGCGAUUCCUACAUGAGCAGAAGAUUUCGUGGACUUUCAUACCACCGAACGCGCCUCACGUCGACGGGUUAUGGGAGGCUGCAGUUAAGUCGCUAGAACACCACAUUGCGCGUAUCAUCGGCAGGGCACACUUAUCAUUUGAGGAGUUGCUAACAGUUCUGUGCGAAAUUGAGGCAAUUCUUAACUCGCGUCCUAUCACAUCGCUAAGUACUGAUCCGAACGAUCUAGAGUGUUUAACCCCGGGUCAUUUCUUAAUUGGCGAACCAUUGAACAGCUUUCCUUGCAGGGAUGUGAGUGAUGUGAACGAGAACCGUUUAAUUCGUUGGCAAAGAGUUGAGCAGGUCAGACAACACUUCUGGCGCAGGUGGAGCACUGAGUAUCUCCACUCGCUGCAGGAGCGGACGAAGUGGAGGAGCAACAAGGGGAUUUAA